AUGCGCACGCCCUCCCUCAGCAGUAGCGCGCGACCUGCUGCUCGUCACGCGCCCUCUCUCCCUCCUCCCUUUAGUCGCGCGCGGCCCGUACUGCCGUCGCGCGCGCCCUCUUUCCCGCUUCCGCCCGCCCCUCGUCCCUCACCCGCGCGUCCCUCCGCUCCCCUCGUCGCGCGCGGGUUGCGCCGGUGUCGCGCGCCUUCUUCCCCCCCCCCUCCAUGCGCGCCUUUCUGUGUUCUGCGGUUCGCCAUCACCACUCCCCUCUACGAAAUUCGUCUCUUCACUCCCCUCCUCCUCCUCUUUCUCCCUUCAUUCCCUCUACAACCUUCCCCUUUCCUCCGCCUCCUAUCUCACCUCACCUGCAGCAACUGGCUGCUGCCUUCGCCUGGUGGCUGUGUCUCUCUCCGCUCGUCUCCCCUCUAUCAAGACCCUUCUCCAUACAAUCCGCCCCUUCACCCUCCUCCUCCUCUCCUCUCUCCCUACUCUCCCCUCCCCAAUCUUGUAUGA